AUGGCUGACACCGGCUGGAAUGCUCGCCCGCCAUGGGGCGACACGAGCCUGUCUGAGGACGAGAAGCACCUGAAGGUGUCUGAGUACCUACACGUGAACAUGCCGCAACUCCACGUAUGCCUGAAGAAGUUGGACUGCAGCGAGCAAGUGUUUCUGGCAUUUGCCGAAUUGCUCCUGACGAAGGACGUGCAGCUUCGUGACUGGAUCUUGGAACUGCAGUGCAAAUUGCACAGCCGCUUGUUUGCAGCCUUGAGUUGCCCGUGA